CACACCUAGCAUGGAGACCUGGAAGACUUUUUUGGUGAUCAUCUCUCUUGUGGCUAGAUUUGGCUUCAUAAAGUCACAGAGGAUUGUCUGCAGGGCAGCCUCUGUGGGAGAUGUCGUGUUUCUGGUGGACUCCAGCAUCAACCCCCAGCAUGCCCGCAUCAUGCGGAACUUCUUGUAUGCCUUGGUAAACACCUUCAAUGUCAGCCGGGAGACCAUCCGCGUGAGUCUGGCCCAGUACAGCGAUGUGCCACGUUCCGAGUUCCUGCUUUCCACUCACCACCGCAAAGGCGACGUGCUGAGGCACAUACAGCGGCUUCAGUUUAAACCUGGAGGCAACAAGAUGGGCCUCGCUCUGCAGUUCAUUCUAGAUCAUCACUUUCAGGAAGCAGCGGGGAGCCGGGCAAGCCAAGGGGUGCCUCAGAUAGCCAUGGUGGUCAGUAGUGGCAGGGCUGAGGACCACAUCCGGGAACCUGCGGAGGCACUCAGGAGGGCCGGUGUCCUGCUGUAUGCUGUUGGCAUCAGAGAUGCUGCUCAGGCAGAGCUCAGGGAGAUUGCGAGCAGUCCCAAGGACAAGUUCACCUCCUUUGUCCCCAGCUUCUCUGGUCUGCCUGGCCUCGCCCAGAAACUGCGGCAGGAGCUCUGUGAAACUCUAGUCAAGGCAGCUCGACGGGUGGACCCGGUGACUCCAGCUUGCAGAGAAGCAUCUCUGGCUGAUAUUGUAUUCUUAGUGGACAGCUCAACCAGCAUUGGACCCCAGAACUUCCAGAAAGUAAAGAACUUCCUUUACUCUGUUGUCUUGGGCCUUGACAUCAGCAGUGACCAGGUCCAGGUGGGGCUGGUCCAGUAUAAUGACAACAUCUACCCAGCCUUUCAGCUGAACCAGUACUCUCUGAAGAGUGUAGUUCUGGAGCAGAUCCAGAAUCUGUCUUAUAGCACAGGAGGCACAAACACAGGGAGUGCCCUGGAGUUCAUCAGAACCAACUACUUGACUGAGAGGGGUGGCAACCGGGCCAAGGAUGGAGUUCCUCAGAUAGUUAUCCUGGUGACAGAUGGAGAAUCAAAUGAUGAGGUCCAGGAGGCAGCUGACUGGUUGAAAGGAGAUGGAGUCAUUGUGUAUGUGGUAGGGGUCAAUGUUCAAGAUGUUCAGGAGUUACAAAAAAUAGCCAGCGAACCAUUUGAGAAGUUUCUCUUCAACACGGAAAACUUCAGCACCCUUCAGGAUUUCUCAGGAAGCCUUCUUCAGGCUCUGUGUUCAACAGUGGGGAAUAAGCUAAGAGCUCCAGAAUUCACCAAUUCCUAUGCAGAUGUGGUCUUUCUGGUUGAUACCUCGCAGGAAACAUCAUGGGCUAGUUUCCAGUGGAUACGGAACUUCAUCGCUGGAGUGGUUGGCAUGCUGGAGAUUGGCAGGGACAAGUACCAAAUUGGGCUGGCUCAGUAUGGAGCUCAAGGUCACAUAGAGUUUUUGUUCAAUACUUACAAGACCCAGAAGGAGAUGAUCACUCACAUCCAGGAACACUUUGUGCUCCGAGGUGGCUCCAGGAAGACAGGCAAAGCUCUGCAAUACCUUCACCAGACCUUCUUCCAGGAGGCAGCGGGAAGCCGGUUCCUAUGGGGCGUUCCCCAGUAUGCAGUGGUCAUUACCUCAGGCAAAUCUGAGGACGAGGUCCGAGAUGCUGCACAGACCCUGAGGGAGAAAGGUGUGGAAGUCAUGUCUAUGGGUGUACAGGACUUUGACAGGACAGAACUGGAGGGCAUAGGGUCUCUAGCCCUUGUGUCUGACAUUCAGGGAGAAGAUGGAGUCAGGCAGCUAAUUCGGGAUGUGAGUGUGGUGAUCCAGGGAACUCGACAACCAGAGGUCAGGAUUGAGGCUGCAGAGGAAACUGUAGGAGCAUGCCCGACUACUAUUCCAGCUGACUUGGUAUUCCUCGUUGAGGAGUUUAGCAGGGUUAGGCAAUCCAAUUUCCAACAAGUGAUCAAUUUUUUGAAGACCACUGUCCACUUCCUCAAUAUCCAUCCUGAUGCUGUGAGAAUCGGCUUGGCAUUUUACAGUGAGGAACCACGGCUGGAAUUUUCCCUGGCUGCGUUUCAGAAUGUCACCCAAGUCUUACACCAUUUAGACAACUUAAGCUACAGAGGAAGAAGAGGAAGGACGAAGGCAGGUGCUGCUUUGGAUUUCCUCAGGAAUGAAGUUUUCAUUCCAGAGAAGGGCAGCAGGUCCAGGCAAGGAGUGCAGCAGAUAGCUGUGGUCAUCACAGAAGGGUCCUCUGUAGACAACGUGUCCAUUCCUGCUUCUCACCUCCGCAGGGCUGGGGUCACCAUCUACACAGUGGGCACCCAGCCUGCCUCAGAGAGUAAGGACUUGGAGAAGAUUGCCACAUACCCUCCCUGGAAACAUGCCAUCCGCCUAGAGUCCUUUCUGCAACUCGCUGUUGUGGGGAGCAAGCUUAGAAACCGGCUCUGCCCUGAGAGUGUGGGCAAAAUCCAUCCUCGGAUGGUUUACACCUUACAAAAAGUAAAAGAAGAUUGCGUGCAUGUGGAGAAGGCAGAUAUUUACUUCCUUAUCGAUGGAUCCGGCAGCAUCAAUCCAAAUGACUUCACUGAAAUGAAGGUGUUCAUGAAGGCGGUGAUAAAGAUGUUUCACAUUGGGCCCGACAGGGUGCAGUUUGGAGUUGUUCAGUACUCAGACAGAAUUGUAAGUAAAUUUGUCCUCAGCCAGUAUUCCAGCAUGGCAGAGCUGAGGGCUGCCAUCGAUGGCAUCCAGCAGGGAGGAGGUGGUACCACAACCGGUGAGGCCCUGAGUGAAAUGGCCCUGGUCUUUGCCGACACUGCCCGAAUCAACGUGGCCUGGUACCUCAUAGUCAUCACUGACGGCCAGUCUUCAGACCCGGUGGCUGAGGCUGCAGAGCGACUGAGGAGUGAUGGAGUCAAUAUUUAUGCCAUUGGAGUCAGGGAUGCUAACGUAACUGAGCUUAAGGAAAUAGCAAACAACAAGAUGUUUUUCAUAUAUGAAUUUGAUUCAUUGAAGGCCAUCCAACAAGAAGUGGUUCAGGACAUCUGCUCCUCAGAGACCUGUAAGAGCAGGAAAGCUGACAUCAUCUUCCUGAUUGAUGGUUCAGAAUCCAUCUCCCCUAAAGACUUUGAAAAGACAAAGGAAUUUGUGGAGAGAAUGGUGAACCAAUCUAAUAUUGGCACUGAUGAAAUUCAGAUUGGCCUUCUGCAGUUCAGCUCCUCUCCCCAGGAAGAAUUCAAGCUCAACCAAUACUCUUCAAAGGUGGACAUGCGCAGAGCCAUCUUGAAUGUUCAACAAAUGAACAAUGGUACCCGCACUGGGAAAGCCUUGAAUUUUACUCUGCCUUUUUUUGACAGUUCAAAGGGAGGGAGACCCAGUGUCCAUCAAUAUUUGAUUGUGAUCACCGAUGGAGUCUCCCAGGAUAAUGUAGCCACCCCAGCCAAAGCCCUCAGGGACAGAAACAUAAUUAUUUUCGCCAUUGGGGUGGGAGAGGCCCAAAGAACUCAGCUCUUGGAGAUUACUAAUGACCAGGACAGAGUAUACCAUGAAGAAAACUUUGAGUCCCUGCAGAACCUGGAAAAGAAAAUUCUUUAUGAAGUUUGUAGUCCUCAAGGAUGUGACGUGGAUCUGUCUAUAGGGAUUGAUAUCUCAAGUUCUUCAGAGCACGUUCAGCAGAAACAUCAGAGGUUCCUGCCGGAGUUGAUGCAACAGUUGACCUUACUUUCUAAUAUCAGCUGUGACACUCCUGGUCAGAUCGACCCCAGGUUCCGUUACUUGGUUCCUGGUUUGAGUGGCCAGCUUAUCUUUGACUCAGGCUUUGAGAGCUACAGUGAUGAGACCAUUCAGAAGUUCUUGGUUCAUCAGGAUUCCAAAAGCAACCGUAUGGAUGAAGACUUUCUGCAGUCCCUGGGGGAGACUGCCACCCACCAGUCUUUUGCUAAAGUGAAGGUCCUUUUAGUGUUUACGGAUGGACUGGAUGAUGACAUGCAGAGGCUGAGAAGAGCCUCCAAGCAGCUCCGCAGCAGAGGAUUCUCCGCACUCCUGGUCAUUGGUCUGGAAGGCGUGCAUAAUCUGGAAGAGCUCCAGGAACUAGAGUUUGGCAGAGGAUUUGCAUAUCGGCAACCUCUGAGCAUCAGCCUGCCGUCCCUCCCCAGCAUCUUGCUGAAGCAACUUGACACAGUUGUAGAGAGGACAUGUUGCGGUGUGUAUGCCAAGUGUUACGGAGAGGAUGGGCAGAGAGGUGCUCCUGGGAGUCAUGGGAGGGAGGGAGAGAGGGGUUUGGAUGGGUUACCUGGCCAUCCCGGUGAAGAAGGUGAAUACGGGGAAAGAGGUCCUCGGGGUCUUCCUGGACUUCGAGGUGAGGAAGGAUGUCCAGGUGUGAGGGGACCGAAGGGAGCAAGAGGAUUUUCAGGUGAAAAGGGAAGCCCUGGAGAGGACGGCGUCAGUGGGUUGCAUGGAGAACAGGGUGACCGUGGAGCCUCAGGGUCAUCUGGAGAGAAAGGAGACACGGGAAAUAGGGGCUUGACAGGACUGCCUGGACAACCUGGAGCGCGUGGGGAACCUGGGCUGAGGGGUGAUCCUGGGGAUCCUGGAAUUGAUAGUUACAUCCAAGGCCCUAAGGGAGAAAAAGGAAGGCGUGGCCAUCAGGGCAGUUCUAGUUUCCGUGGAUCUCUGGGGGAACCAGGCAGUGUCGGGCCUCGGGGGUCACAAGGAAGACGCGGCCUGCCAGGGUUGAAGGGUAUUCGUGGAGAAGGUGGUGAGCUGGGUUACCAUGGAGAGCCUGGAUAUCCAGGCCCACAGGGACCAAGAGGAAGGCAAGGACCACCGGGAACUUUUGGACAAAAAGGGAGACUGGGUGCCCAGGGAAAUCCUGGAUCUCCAGGGCCAAAUGGCUCAAAAGGAAAAGCUGGACCCCGAGGAAUAAAGGGAGAGCUUGGUGACGCAGGAGGAAGAGGCCCACAAGGUCAGCAAGGACCAAGAGGGCAGCCUGGUUUUCCUGGUCCAGACGGAUAUGGUCACCUGGGAAGAAAAGGAAAAAAGGGUGACCCUGGAUUCCCUGGCUAUCCUGGUUUGCAAGGAGAAGACGGUGACCCAGGUGGCCGAGGAGAGAAAGGGGUCAAGGGAAUCAGAGGAAAGAGGGGCAAUUCUGGCUUUCCAGGAUUUGCUGGAACUCCAGGUGAACAAGGCCCACCAGGAAAAAUGGGCAUCAAGGGCCCAAAAGGUUUGGUAGAUAUGACGCCUUGUGAAAUUGUUGACUUCAUUCGAGGAAAUUGCCCUUGUUCAGCAGGAAUUUCCAGAUGCCCAGCAUUCCCGACUGAAGUGGUCUUUGCCUUGGACAUGUCAAAUGAUGUCUCCCAGUUGGAUUUUGAGAGGAUGAGAAAUAUUUUAUUAUCUUUGUUGAUGAAGAUGGAAAUAAGCGAUAGUAACUGCCCUACGGGUGCCCGAGUGGCCAUCGUAGCCUACAACACGAGAACAGAUCAUCUGGUGCGCUUCUCAGACCACAAGGGGAAGCUUGCCCUUCUGCAGGCUGUCAGGAAAAUCCCCCUGGAACGGUCCUCUGGGCUCCGCAACCUCGGGGCAACCAUGAAGUUUGUGGCAAGACAUGUGUUCAAGCGCGUGCGCCGUGGCCUCCUGGCUCAGAAGGUGGCUGUGUUCUUCCAGGUGGGUAGGAACUAUGACCUGGCCUCUGUCAGCACAGCCAUGCUGGAGCUCCACGCAGCAGACAUCAUCACUGCUGUCGUCACCUUCACAGAGGACCACAGCCUCCCGGAAGCCCUGCUGAUGGACGGACUCAACAGAUUUCACUUGUUUACAUGGGAGACUGAGCACCAGCAGGAUGUGGAGCACCUGGCUCGCUGCACGCUUUGCUAUGACAAGUGCCGACCAGCCCCAGAAUGCCGGCCGGAUGCUUCCAGACCCCAGGCGGUGGACGCGGACUUGGUGUUCCUGGUGGACAGCUCGCAGGGGGUCAGCGCUGACACUUACCACGGGGCUCUGCGUCUCGUGGAUGCGGUGCUGGACGAUCUGGAGGUGGCUGCUCUGCCCAGUGCAUCCCGCCGCGGGGCGCGCGCUGCCCUGCUGACACAUACGCCUCCGGGCUUCUGGCCUGGUGUGGGUCGAGCUCCCGUCCUUGAGUACUUCCACCUGACCUCCCACGUCCACAGGACACAGAUGCAGAGGCAGGUCCGAGAGGCUGCGGGGCACCUGCUGCAGGGAGCCUCUGCCCUGGGCCACGCCCUGGAGUGGUCCCUGGAGAAAGUGCUUCUGGCCGCCCCUCUGCCUCGAGGGGCACGGGUGCUCUUCAUCAUUGUGGGCAGUGAGACAAGCAGCUGGGACAGGGAGAAGCUAAGGACUCUGUCCCAGGGGGCCAAGUGCAAGGGCAUCACCCUGUUCGUCCUGGCCGUGGGCCCAGGCGUGCGGGCCCAGGAGCUGGCCGAGCUGUCCCACGUGGCCAGUGUGCCCUUGGAGCAGCACCUGCUACGCCUAGAGGACAUCUCGGAGGCAGAGGUAGCCUAUGCUCGCCGAUUCACACAUGCCUUCCUGAGCAUCCUAAAAAGUGGAAUAAACCAGUAUCCACCCCCAGAGCUCACUGAAGAAUGUGGCGGUCCAAACCGUGGGGACACCUUGCUACAAUUAGUCACACCUAUCAAGAGGUUGUCCAAGCACCAGUUUGGGUCAUCUGCCUCUGCUUAUGACUCAGAAGCACUCGAAGCAGCAGACCUUUUUCUAGAAGAAGAGAGAAAAGGCAUGAUGACAGCUCUAACUCAACAAGAAGUAGUUGAAAAUUAUGAAAAUAACAAAUAUGACUCUGAAGAAAAUGGUCAAGAAACACCAGCAAGAGAAAGAAAUCCAGGCACCACCUAUGAUCCUUGUUUCAUGGAUCCUGUGGAAGGUGAAUGCCAAGAUUACAUCCUGAAAUGGUACUACAACGAGGAGGAACGAGCUUGCCAACCAUUCUGGUUUGGGAACUGCAGAGACGAUGCCAGCUGGUUUGGAACCAGAGAAGAGUGUGAAGCUCGAUGUGCCCCUAGUUAAGUUGAGCCUUGUAACUGGUGCCCCUCUUUUAACAGAUGAUGAGAAUGGCAUUAACCUGCCAAGCCCACUUCACAGUGGCUCUCGUGUUCCUCACCUCUCCAUGGUUUCUUGCCAGUGAAGACUUGGGCUAGAUAAUUUGUAAUUGAGAAGGACUAAAUUCGAAUUGUUAAGAAGAGUAAUUGAAAUUUUCCUGACUAUUGUUUAAAUGAAUUGUUCUAUCACAUUAUUUAAAAAUGCUAGGACCUACAUAAACUAAAGAAAGAUCAGUGUAGUAGUAGCAGAACUUAUCUAGAAAUUAGUCAAAAAUUGCCUGGUCUCCUGCUAAAAUAUUAGUCAAAGAAAAGCAAAAUCUAAUGUGAAAUUCAUCCUUGCUACCUAAUGUAAAUGAAUGAAUGAGUA